CUGCCUUGUCCUGUAGAUGUGGCCGAGAAUCUGCCCUCUCUGCCCUCUCUCUCACCCUCUGUCCCGGGCGUGUCCAGUCGUGCCAGUCCAGUCCAGUCCACCGGCUGGAGGGGGUCCAAAAGGUAAACAACAGGCGGCGCGUCACCACCCAUUUCCUCUUCCCUCUUCCCUCUUCCCUCUCUCUGCCCUUUCGCACGCGUGUCUCUGCUCACCGCGAGCUCCCACCCCGGUUUUUCCAAGUCAAACUGAUCGCCCACCUUUUUUGGUUUUGGCCUUCUUUCUUCCCCUCCCCAUCAAUUCCCUGCCCGUGCCCGCUGUCCGUUUGACCCUCUGUCUGUUCCGCCGGUUUUUCUUCUCCAUCCCAUCAGCUUGCCGCCGCCCACCAUCAAUCCAAUUCUAUCCCAAGUCCCCACACCCGCCCGCCGGUCGACUUUUCGCCUUUUGGCCUUUUCCCGCUGGAGCUGUCAUCCACCUGCACCUUCUACUCUCCGCCAUCACCAACCAUCUGUUUACCCGAUCGCAUUUCGCGUACAUCACGAACACCACGUUGAUUUUUGUUUUCCAACACAUCAUUGCGAUCGCGUACCCUACGCGAUUCUGAAUCUGUCAUCGUCGACAUGGCCAACAGUGCGAGUGAGAAGAAGACGGUCGUCGUCGAUGUUGAGCGCUUCGUCCACACGCGCA